GUUUCACUGAGACUGUUGAGAGAUGUGGCUAACGACAUUUACCGGGAUGAUUUUGUGAUAUUAAACGUCACUUUUAGAAAAUAGCUUCAGGAGACAAACGGGAAUCAAGACAGGGACAGGAUGUUGGAGUCCUAUGUCACGCCGCUCCUGAUGAGCUAUGUCAACAAAUACAUCAAGAAUCUGAAACCAUCAGAUCUGCAGCUCUCACUCUGGGGAGGAGAUGUGGUGCUCAGCAAGUUGGAUCUGAAGCUGGAUGUGCUCGAACAGGAGUUGAUGCUGCCUUUCACAUUCAUGAGUGGUCAUAUACAUGAGCUACGAAUCCACGUACCAUGGACAAAACUGGGCUCAGAGCCUGUUGUCAUCACCAUAAACACGAUGGAGUGCAUCCUCAAACUGAGGGAUGGAGCUCAGGAUGACCACGAGAGCGGCUCUAGCUCCACCAGUCGCAGUGUUUCAGACAGCUCCAAGGCCGUAGCCAAGCCCCGCCGCCUCCAACAAGCUGCCCCCAGCGACCCGGACCUGCCCCCAGGUUAUGUGCAGAGUCUGAUCAGGCGUGUGGUCAACAAUGUCAAUAUUGUAGUCAACAACCUGAUCCUGAAGUACGUGGAGGACGAUAUCGUGCUAUCGGUGAACAUUACCUCGGCAGAAUGCUACACCGUGGAUGACAUCUGGGAGAGGGCCUUCAUGGACAUCACUGCUCCAGAGCUUGUGUUAAGGAAAGUGAUCAACUUCUCCGACUGUACCGUCUGCUUGGACAAACGAAACGCAAGUGGCAAGAUUGAGUUUUACCAGGACCCACUGUUGUACAAGUGCUCCUUCAGAACCCGCCUCCAUUUUACUUAUGACAACAUAAACUCCAAGAUUCCAUCUGUCAUCAAAAUCCAAACGAUGGUCGAGAGCCUGAAGUUGUCAAUCACUGACCAGCAGCUCCCCAUGUUCAUACGCAUUUUAGAGCUGAUUGUUGCCCUCUAUUAUGGGGAAAUAGGAGGACACAAAGAGGGUGAAGGAGAAGAGGGCAGCAGUCAUGCCAAGGAGGCUGGAACAAGUUUACCCGGGAUAGAUGUGGAUAUGGAAAGCCCUGGGACGAGCCAGUACCCCAGCCCAGACCUGUACAUGCAGACGGGGAGUCCAGAGGAUGCAGACCAGGGCUGGGUGUCCUGGGCCUGGUCCUUUGUCCCAGCCAUUGUAGGUACAGAAGAGGAAAUGGAAGAGGGGCUCUACCAGGAGGCAGGAGGCAUCCCCAACAGCCCCCAGCAGCACACACCCAAAGACCCCAUCGUCUCCAUCGGUUUCUACUGUACCAAGGCCUCCGUUACCUUCAAGCUGACAGAGACCCAGUCAGAGAGCAGCUACUACAGUCCUCAGAAGGUCAAGUCCAGAGAGGUUUUGUGCCUUGAGCAAGAAGGGAUCACCAUUGAGGUGCUGAUGAUGGGGGAACCCUUCUUCGACUGUCAGAUUGGUUUUGUGGGCUGCCGGGCGCUCUGCCUGAAAAGCAUCAUGGGAGUACGAGAUUUCGAGGAAAACAUGAACCGAAGUGAAGAGGAUGCUGUGUUUUUCACCUGUGGCGACAGCCUGAGCAGUAAAGGAAUGACCUACCUAACUAACUCCCUGUUCGACUACCGUAGUCCGGAGAACAACGGGGUCAGGGCUGAGUUCAUCCUGGAUGCCGCUAAUCACAAGGAGACCUACACGGAGAUAGCGGGCAUGCAGCGCUUUGGUGCUUUCUACAUGGAUUACCUCUACACAAUGGAGAACAGCAGCGGCAAAGGCUCUCAGGACUUCACGGUAAUUAAUCCAGAGGAGGUAGCACCCACUGUCCAGGAGACGUCCAUCAAGCGGCUGGUGGUUGGACCUCUGGACGUCAGGCUCCACAGCAGCGCAGUUCACCGCAUUCUCAAGAUGGUCACAUGUGCCAUGGACCACGAAUACGAACCUUACUGCAAACCACAGCGAGAAAUAGUUGAGGAGACCCAUGCUCCAGCCACUUCUGAGGAGAUAUCAAGCUUAGAGGAAUUCAUCCCAACCAGACUCACUUCUCUCACACUACUCCAAGUUUCGGUCACUGUCUCAAUGGCUGAGUUUAACCUCCUUCACACACUAAUGCCUGUCAUCAUGGGACACAAGGCUCCACAAGGACCAGUCAACAUACCAGCCUUCCAGCCAGUGUGUCCUCUGCCAUCUGUGCAGUUCCAGGUUGAAAGGGUGAACGUCGAACACUCGGUUCCCAUGUAUGCCCAAGAGCUGGUUGGCACUGUGAGCAGCCUUGGUCAGCCCUCGGACAACCUGCUCCACCACUGCUACGCACACCUCUACCUCAAGGUGUUUGGGUUUCAGACAGGCUUGACGUGCCAGGACACUUCUGGGGUUUUCCUGCCUCUCAUCCCCAUCAUCCCUUCCUUCAGUACCGCACUCUACGGCAAGCUGAUCCAGAUGCCUGCAUACUGGACCAAAAGAUCCUCGGUGCUCACCACAGAGUGUAUUUUCGAGCUUCCUCAGUUCACGGUUCAGGCCACGAGGGCACAAACGCUUUUGCUACAGGCGAUUUGCCAAAGCUGGACCCACAGUGUGGUGAACGGAGCCCCGAUGACGCUGAGUGAAAGCCUACUUAAUGAAGUGUACAAAGCUCCAGGUGUGAAAUCUCCGGGCCCGUCACCGACUCUCGAGGGCUCGGUCCAAAACCUGGAGCUGAAGUUCUGCAGCCGUGCGACGGUGAAAUGUGCCUCAGGAACCGUGGGAGCUGUAAAAGUGUGCGCCAGGACCCCAGGUUCAGGCGAAGGGAUGAAGGAGAAGCUGGUCCCUCUGAUCCAGGGCCCGUCGGACACCAAAGAACUCCACAUGAGCCGCUGGCUUAAUGAGAUCCGCAAGCCUGAAUCUCUGCUGGCCCCUGACCUUCUGGUGUUUUCCGUUCAGGUCCCCCAACAAGGAGACGAUUGCAGGAACUCAGGUGCCGUCCUGCUGGUCAGCGUCCAGGGCAUAGCGGUCAACGUGGACCCGGUCUUCUGCACGUGGCUGUUGUAUCAUCCACACAGAGGGAGCAGCCGGCAGCAGCAGCAGACUCCAGGCCUGGUUCCUCUGGUCAAGAGAAGAGAAGAUGAAGCAUCAGUUGGGAGCACGCCCCUCGCCAAACAGACUUCCAAUCAAGCCUCAGACUACGCCAGCAGCCCCGUCAAAACCAAGACUGUUACAGAAUCUCGUCCCCUUUCCAUCCCGAUGAAAGUGAUGCCUGACACCACGGCUGUGGAGUCAUGGUCCACGUCAGAGGAGAGAAUGAAGGAGCUCAUCGCUCAUGCCUGGGAUGCUGUUAAACGCCUUACACUACAGUUGGAGCUCCAGUCGUGCUGUGUGUUCCUGCCCAACGACAGCCUUCCCUCCCCCAGCACCAUCAUCUGUGGCGACAUCCCCGGCACCGUCCGGAGCUGGUACCACAACCAGGCCUCCAUGCCCGGGACGUUGGUGGUCUGCCUGCCCCAGAUCAGCGUCCUCAGCGCUGGACACAAGUACAUGGAACCCCUGCAAGAACUCCCCUUUGUGGUCUCCAAACCCAUCUUAGAGGAAGGUGAUGCUUUCCCUUGGACCGUGAGCCUCAGUCAGUUCAGCGUGUACACCCUGUUGGGGCAGCAGCAGAGCCUGAGCCUCCUGGAGCCCAUGGGCUGCACCUCCACGCUGGCCGUCACAUCCCAUAAGCUGCAGAGCUCCUCAGAGGGACGGCACUCUUUCGUAGUCUGCCUCCACGUUGACCUCCAGCCGGUCCACGUCAAGUGCUCCAACCCUCAGGUCCAGCUGUUGUACGAGCUCCUCCUCAGCUGGAGCUCCACGUGGGCUCGUCUCCAGAGACAUGGCAUCCUGCGUCAGACUUCCAGCGUCCCAGAACCCCCUGCAGGCGCCGCUCCGUCGUCUCCAGUACGAAGCAGCGCCGGCACCGCUCUCCCAGACACCAGCACCUGCAGCCCCUCGGCAGACUUUGGCUCCCCCACCGAGGGCGACUCGGUACCAGCUGGAGACGACAGUCCUUUUGCCGACACAGUCACUCUGGAGCAGAAAACCAGCAGCAUCGGUGGGACCAGUGGGAAGGUCAGCCUGUGGAUGCAGUGGAUGCUUCCCAAGGUCACGGCUAAACUUUUUGCUCGUGAUCCAACUGCCAAAAAAACAGAGAUCUGUGUCAUCAGCGAACUAGAGGACCUGAGUGCGUCUGUGGAUGUCCAGGACGUUUACACAAAGAUCAAAUGUAAAGUCGGCAGCUUCAACAUCGACCACUACAAAUGCAGUUUGGAGGAUGGUGUUCGGAGCUCGGGCAGCUGUGGAGGAGUGGUCCUUUCUUGCACUGACAAGCUGAACAGACGCACUGUGUUGGUUCGACCCGUCAGCAAGCAAGACUCUUUCAGCCAUUUCUCUGGCUUUUUCCCUCCUACGGCAGCCAAGGUUCUGGAGGGUUCACACCAGCAGCAUGGCUUCCUGUCCAUCACCUACACACAGGCCGUCACCAAAAACGUCCGCCACAAACUAACCACGCGGCCCGAGCGGCCGUCACGCAGCAGCGCGACCACGGCGAGUCACCGGGUGACCGCCGACCCCCUGGCCGACGGCUCGCCUCAUUACCUGAGAGAAAUCCUGCUCACAGCCCAGCCUUUUGAUGUGGUGCUCUCAUGUCCUCUGCUGGCAACUGUAGCUGGAGUAUUUCAGGCUACAGUACCGAGACGCUACAGAGAACGUGGGAAGUCAGCGGGUCAGCCAAUGAGAAGCCACACUCUGACUUCUCGGUGUUUGCCUCUCAUUUACAUCAACACCAGUGUGAUCAGGGUUUUCUGUCCUGGAUCCCAAGACAAACAUCCAUCAUCAGCAGAUCCACAUGUGAAGAAAGAAGACACCCUGGUGUUAAAGCUGGGGUCUCUCAGCAUGGCUCCACAGGCCGAUAACCCCCUGACCCGCACCGUGCUGAGAAAAGACAUCUACCAACAUGCACUGAACCUUGGCAUCCUGCGCGACCCGGGUUCAGAAGUGGAGGACCGUCAGUACCAGAUCGAUCUCCAGUCCAUCAACAUCGGAACGGCCCAGUGGGAGCAGCUCAAACCCGAGAAGGAGGGAGCUAAAGGAGGCCUGUCGGCAGAGAACGAGAGGAGCUCCCAGAACCCAGCGCUUGAAUGGAACAUGGCGAGCAGUAUCAGGAGGCACCAGGAGCGCCGGGCCAUCCUGACUCCAAUCCUGACUGACUUUUCCGUCCGAGUCACCGCUGCUCCGGCCAUUAUCUUCAGCAAGAAUCUGUCCCCUGACAGUGGACAAGCAGAGGAGGUGGUGGUGUGUGGUCACUCUCUGGAGGUAAAUAUGACGAGCAGUCUGGAUUUCUACCUCAGCGUUGCCCAAGUGCAGCUCCUUCAGCAGCUCCUCAGAGACAACAUGGUGGGGAUAGACGCUCCCGAGAGCAGCUCCGAGGUGCGUCGACAUGAAAAGAAGCGCUGCAGUCGUGACUCUGCAGCAGCCAUCGAGGCCUCGUCGCGCCACAGCGGAACCGGACAGGACAGCGGCUUCGGCAGCGACAGCGCCCGCAUCCGAAUUGUCCAGAUCGAGCAGCAGAGCGGCGCCAGCCACCACUGCAUCGCCCGGCCCUCCCACAAGUCCACCAUCACCAAGAACCUCAGCUUCAUCCCUUUUGACAUCUUUCUCACCGCUAGUAGGCUGUCUGUCAUGACCUACGCCUGCUCCAGUCCCCCGAAGGCGCUUCCCUCAUCAUCAGACACCCCCAGCACCCCCGAGAAGAAGGAGCCUGGGGAGAAGGUGGGAAAGAGUGCCCUUAACCAGCCUGAGACGCUGUCUGAGUCUCCUCCAGCUUCAGCCUCCCCAACUCCAGACCCAGCCUCCGCUGCCCAGGGCUCCCUCGCCGGCCUAACAGCAGAAGACAUCCUCAACAGCAACACCUCCCAGCCGGCCUCCCCACUCCUCAGAGGCAGCCUGCUGUCCCUGGACGGGCUGCCAACUCCCAGCCGCUCCUCGGCCCGCCAAGCACUGGGUGUCACUAUAGUGAGGCAGCCCGGGAGGAGAGGGGCUGGGGACCAGGUGCUGGAGCCCCUGCUUUACCUCCAGGUGAUGCAGCCUUCGGCUCUGCUCAGCUGCCACCACCGCAAACAGAGGAUGGAGCUGUCUGUGUUUGAUGUGGCCUUAAGAGGAGUGGCUUCAGACUACAAGUGCCUUGAUCCAGGGAAGACUCUUCCUGAGUCUCUGGACUACAACGUGUCGUGGCUGCAGACAGUAGCAGGAGAGGUUGACGGUAAAACGGGCAUCCCUCCCCCUCUGCUCUGCCUCCAGAUUAAAGAUUUCCUUAAUGGACCAGCUGAGCUCAAUGUGGAGCUCUCACGCCCACUUAAAAUCAACCCCACACUGGCCAAACUGGAGCAGGCCAAGGCCUACCUGAACAAAGUCCUUCCUAAUCACCCGUGGGACGUCUCCAGUAAAGCACAGUCCACCUCGUCCACUCCUCACUCUUCACCCGCCAAAGCCGUCCCCAGGGCCUUUCCCCCUCGUGCAGACCCCCACCAGGCUUCGACCAGCAGCUUCAGGACCCUCGGUUUGUCCUUCCACAAAGUGUCUGUCCACACGGCGCAGAUUGUUGUCGUCAUGGAGACGGAGGCCCAUCCAAUGAGACCCAGUGUGACAGUAUCAGUGUCAGCUAUGAAGGGAAGUCUGAACAUAAAGUCAGGACCGAGGAUAGAUGAUGCCGUUCAAGCUGCCUCCGUCCUCCUGGAGCUUCAGGACGUGUUGGUGAGAACAGGCCUGAAGGAGCGGAUCCGUCUUCUCCUGGGUCCGUUCUCCUGCAGCACUUCCCUGGAGGCCCGGUGGUGUCGGCACAGCGGCAGCCCUGGACCCGAGCCCGGUCCUCCUAAACUCCUACUGGACCUGAAGGGAGGCCUUUUGCAGGUGUUUUUGGGUCAGGAACACCUGAAUUGUCUGAAGUUGGUGGAAGAACACCUGCAAGACUAUCUUCACCUGGACAAAGGGGAAUCAGCUGAGAUCUGCUCAAAGGGAAAGACCUGCCACUCCCAGCCGCCACCCUCGCCCGGUUCCCCCUCACCUCGGACAGAACACAGCUCCGAUGACCUUCGCACGGGCCAUUUCCAGUACAUCCAGGACACAGCUUCCCAGAGACAACCAGGACCCCAUGAGGUGGUGUUUUACAGCGAGACAGAGGAUAGUCCCGGGGUGAUGCUGUGGCGAUACCCCGAACCCCGCGUCCUCACCUUUGUCCGGAUAACCCCCGUCCCAUUCAACACGACCGAAGAUCCUGAGAUCAGCACGGCCGACCUGGGCGACGUCCUGCAGGUACCAUGCAGCCUUGAGUACUGGGAUGAGCUCCAGCAGGCUUUUGUUCCAUACAGGGAGUUCAGCCUAUCAGAGAGCAGCGCCUGCCAGCUGCAGCUGCCCAGCCUGAGCCUCACCGACCAGCAGAAGGAGCUGGUGGCCUCAGACCUGUGGAGGAUAGUCCUCAAUAACAACGGAGAGGGAGGAGAUGAGCAGAGUUCCGAUAGUGACUGUGGGUCGGUGCUGCCGUGUGAUCAGCUGGUGUCUCCCAUGGCGUUGGCCGCCUGCACCCGGGUGGACUCCUGCUUUGCUCCGUGGUUUGUCCCGUCGCUGGGUGUGUCCCUGAAACUGGCCCAGAUGGAAGUUCACCUUUGCCAUCACCUGGAGCAGCUGGGCACCGUUCCAUCACGACAGCUCCGCCCCUUCCUGCCAGACAGGAAGUUGCCUCAAGAGCAGGAGUUCAUGGUGCUCAGUGCUCGGGAACCGCGGGUCUUCCUGCGUCAGUGGAGCAACGGACCACGUUACUGUCAGGAGUUCAACUUCUCCACUCAGCUGGACUGUAAGCUGCUGGAGUAUCGGAAUCUAACACACCUUCAGCUCCUUCAGCCCUGUGUCCUGCAGGGCCAGGCUACUGCCACCUGCUGCCCCCAGAACACCACAUUGGAUGCAAAUGUGUUUGUGGACCCAGUUUUCCUCAGCAUCAGCCAAUACGCCAUUCACACCGUGGACACGGCCCUGCACAGCUGGAAACAGAAUGGGAACCCAGAGGCUGAGGAACUUGUCUACAGCCACUACGUGAUCUGUAACGACACCCACGAGACUCUGCGUUUUGGCCAGGUGGACACAGAUGAGAAUGUGCUGCUGGCGAGUCUGCACAGCCACCAGUACAGCUGGAGAUCCCACAAGUCCCCACAGCUGCUCCACAUCUGCAUCGAGGGCUGGGGGAACUGGCGCUGGUCAGAGGCUUUCAGCGUGGACAACGUAGGAACUCUGCUCCGGACCAUCCAGUACAAAGGUCGCACCGCCUCGCUCAUCAUCAAGGUGGUGCAGCUCAGCGGCGUCCAGAAGCAGGUAAUAAUCUGUGGGAGGCAGGUGAUGUGCAGCUACCUGACCCAGGACAUCGAGCUGCGGGUGGUGCAGCACUACGUGGGCUCCGACAGCCAGACGGUGGUGAAGGAACACUGCGACUGCCUGGAGGCGGGAGGCAAACUACCGUCAUACGUACUGGAGGACGCAGAGAUGACCGAGCUGUGUGUGAGGGCCCGCGGAGAUGAGGACUGGUCACAGGAUGUCCAGCUGGAGAGGAGGGAUAAGGGCAGCAGCAGCUCUGUAGUACAGGUGCCGUGUUCAAGUGGUUCUUUGCUCUAUGUUUGGUGUACGCUCAUCACUAUUGAACCUGAUUCUCACAUGCAACAGAGAGUGGUGGUUUUCAGUCCACUGUUCGUCAUGAGGAGUCACUUACCAGAUCCUGUGAUCGUCCACAUAGAGAAGAGGAGUCUGGGACUGAGAGAGAGUCAGCUGAUACAAGGACAAGGCCACCAGGAGCCACUGUUAAACACCGAGGCCGACCUCACACACCACCUCACAUUUCAAGCCAGGGAGGAUGAGGACGCUUCCCACUGCGCUGUGCCCAUCUCCACAAGCCUCAUCAAACAAAUAAUGAACAAGACGGGAAAUGAGAACAACCUGGAAAACAUCCUGGAAGACUUCUAUGGUCCGAAGGCGUCCAGUGAGCCACCGUGGCCCUACGUCACCAAGGAUACAGACAGGCCGGUGCUGGAGCCCCUCACCCAGUGGGACAGCCCCAUGCAGGUGAAGUUAUCCUGCUGGAAGUCGGGCCUGAACACACUGCUGGUGGAGCUGCUGCCCUGGGCUCUGCUGGCCAACCACUCCCAGUGGGACCUCUGGCUUUUUGAAGGGGAGACUAUUGUCCUGCAGAUACCGGCAGGAAAAGUCAUCGUACCACCAAACUUCAAGGAGGCCUUUCAAAUCGGUAUCUACUGGGCCCACACCAACACUGUCCACAAGUCGACGGCGCUCAAACUGGUCCACGACCUGACGUCCCCUCGAUGGAAGGAAGGAACGGGCUCCGAAGUGGUCACUCUGGACGAGGAGGGGUACGUGGAGGCGGACAUCACCCUGGGAGCUUUUCCCGGCAGACAGAAGCUGUGUCAGUUCUGCGUGUCGUCUGUGGUGAGACACGGCAUCCAGAUCCUGCAGAUCGAGGACAGAACCAUCCUUGUGAACAACACGUCCUACACCCUCCAGUACAGGCCUCUGCUGUCCGACCACACACUGGGAACCGACGACCAGGCCUGUCAGAUACCAGAGACGGCGGUCUUCACCCUGGCGCCCUCUGAUCACUCAUCCCUGGCCAGGCCCUGCUCUGUGCCAUGCUGGGACCUCCUCCAAACCAGUGUCCAAGGAAAGGUGGAGUUCCCUCUGCCACUCAAACACAUGCUGUUCAGCCUGUUUCCAAAGCCUGAGGUCGGAGUUGGAUCUGCAGCGUGGAGCCUCCCGGCCCCCGUCCGACCAGACUUCCCCAGGCAGAGCUUGUCCGUUCCUGGGGAGCCGGACUCUUGGGGUGGCCUGAGCAGCAGAGCCAUAGUGCUGACGUAUCAGGAGCACCUCGGGGUGACAUACAUCACCCUGAACGAGGACCCCCACCCCCGGAUGCUGAUCCACAACAAGUGUCCAAUCCCACUGCUGCUGAAAGAAAACAGUAAAGAAACUCCAAGGACUGAGAUGUUCUGUCGACCCCUGCCUGCUAAUAGCUCUCUGCACCAUGAGCUUUACCACCACUUUUCCAGUUUUCCUGAAUGCAGGCAGAGGGAGGUACUGCCCACUCUGCUGCUCAAAACUACCUCAGACCACAGCACCACCGACUGGACUGACCCCAUAGACAUCAACUGCCCCGGAACUCAGGUGGUGUUCCUGCCAGGCUUCGGAUGCCUCUACAUCGACGUGGUGUAUGAGAAAGGAACCCUGGUUCUGUCUCUGGCACCAGAGGGCAGCAUGGACCCUGUAAUCAACCAGCACAGCAGGUCUUUGAAGCUGUCCUUCAGAGUCCUCCUGAGCGAAGCCAGUGUUGUGUUGAAUGACGACAUCACCAGCCCUUCAGGAUCAGUCGAGCUGCUCAGACUCACGUUGACCAAGCUGCUGCUCAGUCUUUCCCCGGCGCCUCCCCUCCUGCCAACUGAACUGAUGGACAGCACCUCCGAGGGGACGGAGCCUGUCCCGCCUCUGCUCCCCGACGCCUCCCUGAUCGAGGUCUGCUGCUUCGGUCUGCAGGUGGACAACCAGCUGUACAACCGAGCCAGCUUCCACUUCCCUGUGCUGCUGUGUCAGGACCAGAGGGGGGCGGCGGAGCCCCCGGCCUCCUGGAGCAGCGACGCCAACCCCACCGAGUCUCCUGAAGCCCUGGAGGAGUUCAGACGCUCCUGUUUCCUCCAGCUCAGGGUGACUCUGGCUGGAGACAGAUGCACCGUGGAGGAGGUGGUCUUCCAGCUCCAGCCGGCCCGGGUCUACCUCGAGGACACCUUUGUUUACUACAUUAAGACCCUGUUCCACACCUACAUCCCCGACACGGCCCUGACUUCCACCACAACCACCGGAGAGGCUCAGACUCACAGCAAGCCUGGAUCAGCUCCCGCCGUCCCUGAACAGGUGCUCCAGUCGGUGCAGGCCUUGGUCCACCCUGUGCGGCUGCAGAGACUGGUCAUCCAGCCGGUCAACCUGCUGGUCAGUAUCCAUGCCUCUCUGAAGCUGUACAUCGCCUCAGACCACACGCCGCUGUCCUUCUCCCUGUUCGAACGAGGACCGAUCUGCACCACGGCCAGACAGCUGGUCCACGCCCUGGCCAUGCACUAUGCCGCCGGAGCCCUCUUCAGAGCCGGUUGGGUGGUGGGUUCUUUGGAGAUCCUGGGUAGUCCUGCCAGUCUGGUUCGGAGCAUCGGUAACGGUGUGUCGGACUUCUUCCGUCUGCCAUACGAGGGCCUGACCCGGGGUCCUGGGGCCUUCGUCAGUGGAGUUUCCAGAGGAACCACCUCCUUCGUCAAACAUAUCUCCAAAGGAACACUGACCUCCAUCACCAACCUGGCGACGAGUCUGGCCCGGAACAUGGACCGUUUGUCUCUGGAUGAGGAACAUUACACCAGGCAGGAGGAGUGGAGGCGGCAGCUCCCAGAAAGCCUCGGAGACGGACUGAGACAAGGACUGUCCCGCCUCGGCAUCAGCCUGUUAGGAGCCAUCGCAGGCAUUGUGGACCAGCCCAUGCAGAACUUCCAGAGGAACUGGGAGCUGCAGAUCUCAGCUGGAAGCAAAGCCAAAGGGGUCAUCUCUGGAGUGGGGAAAGGCAUUGUGGGAGUGUUCACCAAACCCAUCGGAGGAGCAGCAGAACUGGUAUCGCAGACCGGAUACGGAAUCCUCCACGGAGCCGGACUGUGGCAGCUUCCUAAACAGCUGUACCUGCCCACAGAGGAGAAGUCGGCCCAGGCCCCGAACAGCCACCUUAAAUACGUCUGGAAAAUGCUGCAGUCCCUGGGCCGUCCUGAGGUCCACAUGGCGCUGGAGGUGACCAUCGUCAGCGGGUCGGGUCAGGAACACGCCGGCUGUCUGCUGCUCACCUCCGAGGUUCUGUUUGUGGUGAGUCUGAGCGAGGACACGCAGCAGCAGGCCUUCCCCAUCACCGAGGUGGAGUGUCGGCAGGACCCGGAUCAGCAGGGUCAGCUCAGCCUCACAUUACAGCAGCAGACGGUGACCAGCGACACAGAGGCCGAUGGCGUCCGUGAGCGUCUCUCAGACCAGCAGUACCGGCGCCUGGUGGACUACGUGACCCGGGCGUCUCAGUUCCUGUCCCCGUCCACAGCGUCUCUGCAGCUCCAGACCCCGGUGACGCUGGCCGAGCCCCCGCCCUCCGUCACCAAGUCGUACCGCUACCUGGUGGACCCCGCCUUCGCCAGGGUGUUCGUCAGUAAGUUCACCAUGGUCAAGAACAAAGCCUUACGCAUCGGAUUCCACUGACGCGCCCGUAGUUUAACAACCACCACCGAUCCCCUUUGAAUUAAAGCCUUAAAGCUCUUCAUACACUGGCUCUUAAAAAGACGACAACACGUUUUAUGCAAAAGGUCGGUUUAUUUUUUACCACGCCUUAGGGAUGGGUAGAGUUUAGACAUUUUGGUAAAAAGAUUUUCUACAGAUUCGUGACAUAUGCACAGAGAAGAGCAGAUGAAAUAGAAGCAGAAAACAGUGUAGAUCUGUUUAUUUUACUUGAACAUUUCAGUGAGUCUAGUGAACACUAAACACGUGAGUAACGAAGGCGUUCAGAUGAUUUAAAGCUGUCGUACGACGUCGUCCAUGACAACAUUACAACAGGGUUCAGUUGCUGUAAUUGCGCUUUAAUGUUACAAAAGAUCAAACAUUUACUUGUGUCCAAAAACAUUUCAGUUAAUAAUGUAGAAGUAAUUAACUCCCACUUCUGAAACUGAAACAUGAAGAGUGAGUUUGUACUUAAACCUCUAAGUAGGAGUCAGUGUGAGCAGUUACAGCAGAUGGAUUCAGUUCUAGUGUGGACACCUGUGACGGUCUAGAACAGUUGUGAACCUCCUUUAAACCUCCUCGGACCAACAGUGUGUUCCCUGUAAAGGGUCAGGUGGAUUAUUCACAGUGGGUUUGUAUCCGUGUUAACAGUUACUCAGCGGGUCAAACAAAACCUAAGUCUCUGUGUCCAUUUUACCUCGAAAUCCAAAACUUAUUGAGUUCAGUCAAACAUAUGGCCCUCCAUCCCAGCCCAGGGAUGAAUCUGAAAUGCAAAACUUACAUUUAAGACAUUAACAGUCAACAGCGUCAAAGUCAUUUUAGUUCAGGACAGAGACCAGUUUGAUCAAGAGUAAAAUAAUGUAAUGUUUCAUGACUCUUACAAACUAUUCAUUAAUGUGAACCAAAAAUGUCUUCAGAAAAAUAAGUGCAAUUUUAACAAUAUUUUGUGUAUUUGUAAGUUGGAAUGCACAUGUAUUAAUGAUAAACUGAGGCAAAAUAUCAUUAUACUUAAGAAAUUUCAGGUUCAGAUUUUGUAAAGGACAGUUUGUAGACAUGAACACUAACAAUGAAUCUUCUGUAUAUGUCAAAGCAGUAUGGUUUUAAUGAAGUGAUGAAUCAAACUGAAAAGGUUCUGUAGCCUCUUAAACCCAGGUCCAUUUGUUUCCAGUGGGAAUAAUUUCAGUGUAACGCAAAACAAUGGAUUAGCUGAAGCUUCAUUUACCUCCACCAAGGAGGUUAUGGUUUUGCCAGGGUUUGUUUAUUGGUUAGUUA